UAUAAGUGUUGAAAACAUCCUGGGUCGUUGGCUGUCGCUGCUGCUACAAAAAUCAAGAAUCCUCUUUUUCAAGCUCAAGUCUCAGAUUUAUUUGCUAAUUGCUCUCUGGGUUUCACUUUGACAGACCUCUGGAACAUAGGCUAACAAAAUAUGACGAUAAAACCAACUGUCGCUUUAAGGGCUAUAGUAGUUGGAGGUGUAGCUGCAUUUGCGAAAAUAGCUAGUGUUGCAAAAGCUGCAGGUGGUGUAAAACUUGGUGCAGCAGCAGCAGCCAUGACAGCUGCAGCAACUGCAACUGUUGCAGGAUCUAAACAGGAUCAAACAAAUGCCCCAAAGUAGUUUUAAAAGCAUACUGUCGGAGAUAAUAAUACCAGCAUUUAGGACGACCAAGCAUUCUUAUUUGGUGUCUGGGACAUGGGAAAAAGUCAGUCUUUUCGACAUACGGCAUUAAGAUUUGUUUCCACCAUACUCUGAUGUUUGAACUUUUUCCAUAUGUUUUAGGGGAAUACAAGACAACCAUUUUUACUGUCCUGUGAAUUCUUGGAGAUAUUAUAUAUAUACAGUGUCACCCAGAAUCACUUGUA